UCAGCCAGAUUGGCGCCGGGGUUCGGGCGGCGGGUCGGUGGGCCAAGUGGUAAUUAGGGCCGCGCUAGGUGAUCCAGCCGCUGCGGUCAGUGUGUGUGCGGCGGUCCGCGGCGCGGCGCGGCGCGGUGUCGGAGAUGAGUGUACUGCACCCGGAGAGGAACAGGAUGGGCGUGCCUCCGGGGACACUGCUGGGUCACGGGAUGGCGGCCGGCGGCGGGCACCACCAGCGCUCCCCGUUCGGCAUACAGGAGCUGCUGGGACUGCACCAGGAGCCGCGGACCGGGCUGCCGCCGCCGCCGCCGCCGCCUCCGCCGCCACCACCGCCUCCGUCACAUACACCGCCCUACAGCCGGGCGCCACUCUUCGCGCAGCCGAGUUUCGACCACCUGAACUCCGUGGCCACAUCACGGAUGUACCAGGCGGCGGCGGCAGCGGCAGCAGCUGGCUUCCUGCCUUCCGGGGUACAGGGCCACGGCGUGCCGACCACGGGCGCAGGGGCGCAGUUCGCCGGCUUCGACCUACGGGGGAUGGAGCACACACCCAACACAGGUGUGUGGGACGCACCCGACCGACCGAGCAGACACGGCACGCCGGCCCGACACGACCACAAUGGCUCUCCUGAACAGUACACCAAUUAG